UUCCAUUAAAGUUACAUAUGUUGAAAACUUAACAAAAUGUCCAGUUUUGUAAAAACUUCAAGUAUACGCAACAGUAUUAAUGGAACCAAACUUAAAAACAAUUUGCCAUACAUCUCCUCAGGAAUACCAUCAUUAGACUUUGUUAUCGGUGGUGGUGUACCUGCAGGCUCCAUCUUUACUAUUGAGGAAGAUGUCUUAGGAAGUUACAGCAGAGUGCUUUCUAAAUAUUUCUUAGCAGAGGGUGUGGUAUGUAAACAUGAUCUGUUCAUUGCAUCUGCUGAUGAAGACCCAAAAAUGAUUGUUCAGGAACUCCCACAACCAUGUGCUACUCAAUCCCACGAAGACAAGAAACAAGUUGCGGAGGGUGAGAUGAAGAUUGCAUGGAGGUAUGAGAGUCUGGGACAGAUAGAAUCCUCUUUCGGCAGCAAUACCAACUUUGGCCAUCACUUUGACCUUAGCAAGACUGUAGAAGCACAAACCAUAAGUGAUUGUAACAUAACAUUUUGUCAUUUGACACAAGAGCUCUCAGAAGUUAAAGUUUUCAAGAACCCUAUGUACCAUCAGCUAUUGAGUAGCAUCAAGAAAGUAAUAUCUAAAGAAGAUUACAUGGCUGGCAACAAAAAUAAUAAUAUACUGAGAAUAGUAAUACAGUCUUUAGGUUCUCCAGUGUGGUUUGCGAAGGAGUGUGAUGAAGAUGUCAUAGACAACAGUUACGGUACCGAUAUUCUAAAGUUCAUGUACUGCCUAAGAGCAUUGCUGAGAGAUACUCUCGCUGUGGCUUUAGUCACCUUACCGUCGCAUUUGUUUGAUGAUGAACAUUUAAUGAAGAGGCUUCAAUAUUCUAUUGACAAUGCAGUGAGGUUGGAAUCUUUUGCCGGAUCGAGUAAAGAAACAAAUCCUGUUUAUAAUGAAUACCAUGGCUUAUUCCACAUUGAGAAAUUGUCUGCAGUGCAUUGUUUGGUGCCAUAUGUGCCUCCUAGCUUAGAUUUAGCAUUUAAACUGAAGAGGAAAAAGUUUGUUAUUGAAAAAUUACAUUUGCCUCCAGAACUCCAAGAAUCGAGUGAGCGCGAGCAAGACGAUAUAACGGCAACACCGAAAACCACAACCUGCGGUGGCUUCAAGAAGAAAGAUAUUGACUUUUAAUGUUAUUAAUUUGUACAUAAAUAAAACUAUAUAUUUCGAUUA